AUGUCAAGUGUCAAUUCAAGCAUAAACAGUUCCAGUUUAGCCCCGGACUUGAUCCAUGUGCAAAUGAAUAAUUAUGACUUUUACAUGAACAGGCCAACAAUACUUGAUAGGAAACAUGGCGACAGUUUACCAAUGAGUCAGUUCAAUUUCGUCCCAUCAAUACGAGUUUAUGGAUUUCUCCCAACAGGACAUCAGGUUUUAUGUCAUAUUCAUGGCGUCUUUCCUUACAUUUUUGUGAAAUAUGAUGGCAAUGAAUCAGAUUCACUUACAGAAAUAUCACAAAAAUGCACCAAUUUGCAUCUGCUACUUGAAAGAAAGAUGACUGAACUAGUUAAAAAGAAGGGCAGAGGGAAUAAACCUACUGUAAAUGAGGUAGGAAAUGAUAUAGAACAUAUCAGAGGAUUGAAUUAUAUUGCAAAUGUCUCGCUGAUAAAAGGUAUUCCAUUUUACGGGUUCAAUAUGGGUUACACCUUAUUCUACAAAAUAACGCUAUUGAACCCGUCUUAUUCGAAUAGGCUCUCAGAUUUAAUUAGGGACAAAGCCAUUUUUGCUACUGCUAGGGAGACUUUUGAAUCUCACAUCCCAUAUCUACUUCAAUUUUCAAUGGAUUUUAAUCUCUUUGGGUGUUCAUGGAUACAUUUGAACAACUGCUAUUUUAGAGACCCUAUCCUCAAUAGUAUAUUGGACAUUGAUGAUUUGAUGCGAAACGAAGAGCUCGAUACCUUUUUAACCCACUUUUGUGAUAAAGAACGGAAUGUCUUAGAUGAAAAGGCUUUCCCAAGAAUGGGAAACGGUUUGCUAGAAAUAGAUAUAUUACCACAGAAUAUUAAAAACAUCGAUGAACUAUAUUUUCGUGAUAUACAUCAUGAUUUUAUAGAAAAAAAAGGUGAAGCAUUACAUCUUCUCAAACAGCCGUAUGUAAGUUCUACAAAGCAAAUGGUAAACAAUGUACUUUCCCAAAGAGCUCUGCUUUCUUUACGAGAAUAUGUGCCUCAAGAGGGCCUCCAAAGAUUGAAGGACAUUAAAGAUUUUAGUCAUUCAUUCAAAGAUUUUUAUGAUGCUGCUUCAGCGAAGACGACAUCGAAAGAGAAUCCUAAUCCAACUUUUGACACAUACCUCAAAAAGAAUCCUAUAUUUGAGAAAAUACGAAAACCAUAUGAAGCUAUUAACGAAUUAUGGCCAGAGCAACCGAAUACUCUUAACUCCCAAACUAUAUCUGAAAAUGAAAAUGAGGUUAUAGACACUUCUUUCCAGCAGUAUACAAUUUUAGACGAUGAGGGCGACGCGGCUAACAAUAUGAAUGAAGACUACGGCAUGUUAAGUCAGGAUAGUGGUUUCAUAGCAACAGAUACAGAAGAUGAUCCAGAGAAACAUGUAACAAAGCCCAGAGCAAAUGUAGCGUCUUCCAAUUCAGCCUUUUCACUUGAUACUCAAAUGACACAGUUAAUUUCAAAAAGGAAGCGUCUGGAACAGGCACAACGUUCUAACAUUCUUCAGCUCAAUCAGGCAAAACAGAUCAAGUUGGAAUUGCCUUAUGGAAUUUCGAAAGGCGAAAGAGCAUUCUUUUACAAAAAACCACCGUUCAAUUUUUCCUCCGCCAUAAAAGACUUAACAUCAAAGGGCUAUCCAGAGGUUGAUUAUACUGAUCCUUAUUUUGGAGAACCUACGGACUUGGAGUUGAAGCCGUAUAUAUAUGCCGGUAAAAGAUUUGAAAUUAAUUCACCUCAUCUUAGUCAUCGAAUACCUCUGCCGUUCCAUAAUGAACCAGUACUGUUGGAAACAGAGGGUCCUAUUUCUUUGUUUUCCUCAUGGAAAUAUUUGCCAAAACCACCGACAUACUAUGAGGUUCAUGAUGAUGAAGUUUCUAAAAGAAAGAAAAUGAAAGACCAUUCACAGAUUGGUAAAGCGACUCAGAAGAACGAUUUUUUUUAUAAAUAUGGGUCGAGGGCAACUGUACCCAAAAAGAUAUCAACCAUGCAAGAUAAACUUACUCAUUUUUCUUUAGAAAUACACGUCAACACAAGAGACGAUUUGAAACCUGAUCCACUUCAUGAUCAAGUAUCAAUAAUCUUUUGGAAAAUUGAUGACGAAUCCUAUCCAUUCGACUUCGGUGUCUCUAGUGAGGGAAUAAUGGUGCUGCAUGAUGAACGAGAGGAUGGUACGCUAUCCAAAAUGCUACAAGAUGCCGCUGGUAGCGUUCCAGUGGCAUUUUAUGAGAGUGAGUUCAUGAUGUUUGAUGCGCUUACAGAUCUGGUUCUACUAUUUGACCCAGAUAUUUUGUCAGGAUACGAAGUUCAUCUCUCAUCUUGGGGCUAUAUUAUUGAAAGAUGUAUAAAGGUUCACAAAUUCAACAUUAUUGAGGAAAUAUCUAGAGUCAUUUCGAAGGGAAAGAACAGCUCCUACGACUUUUGGGGCUAUACUCAUUCCACAGGCAUAACGGUUACGGGAAGACAUAUUUUAAAUAUUUGGAGGAUCUUAAGCUCAGAUCUUCAAUUGACCCAAUAUACGGUGGAGAAUAUUGCAUACAAUUUACUUCACAAGAGGUUGCCUCACUUUUCUAAUAGAAACCUUACAGAAUUUUGGAAUAACAAAAGAAGUUUUUCCAAAAUCAAAACUGUGCUGCAGUACUGGUUGACUCGUGUACGUAUAAAUUUUGAACUACUUAAAGCACAGGAUUUCAUAGCUAGAACGAUGGUGCAAGCAAGAUUAAUUGGAGUAGACUUCCAAUCAGUCUACUAUAGAGGCUCUCAAUAUCGUGUGGAAUCAUUUUUAGUGAGGGUUUGCAAGGGAGAAAGCUUUAUUUUGGUUUCCCCCAGUAAACAAAAAGUAAGAGAACAGAAACCUUUGGAAUGUGUUCCUCUAAUUAUGGAGCCAGAAUCUGCCUUUUAUAAGAGUCCCAUGCUGGUCCUGGACUUUCAGUCACUGUACCCCUCGAUUAUGAUAGCAUAUAAUUACUGCUAUUCAACUUUGCUCGGUAGAGUGCGAGAAAUGCAGCUGGGAGACAAUGAAGUUGGUGUAUCAUCUGUUCCGAUCAAAGAAAAUACGCUUCGAUUGCUCAAAGACGACGUAACGAUUGCACCUAACGGUCUCGUAUUCGUGAACUCUUCAAUAAGAAAGUCCACUUUAGCAAAAAUGCUUGCCGAUGUUUUAGACAUAAGAGUAAUGGUGAAAAAGACAAUUUCUGAGCUGGGAUCAGAGAAUGACACCCUACGGAACUUACUAAAUAAUGAGCAAGAAGCUCUCAAACUGCUGGCUAAUGUCACAUAUGGCUAUACUUCAGCUUCUUUUUCAGGGAGAAUGCCCUGUUCAGAUCUAGCAGAUAGUAUUGUUCAGACAGGAAGAGAAACCUUAGAGAGAGCUAUCGAGUUAAUAGAAUCAGAUGAAAAUUGGGGAGCCAAAGUUGUAUAUGGAGAUACUGAUAGUUUGUUCAUUUAUUUGCCGGGAAAAACAAGAGAGGAAGCUUUUACUAUUGGAAACGAAAUGUCAAUAGCAGUAUCUGCUAGUAACCCUGAGCCGUUAUUUCUGAAAUUUGAAAAGGUAUAUCAUCCAUGUAUCUUGGUAAGCAAGAAAAGAUAUGUUGGCUACUCUUACGAGAAAAGCACCCAGCAAGAACCCAAAUUUGAUUCUAAGGGUAUAGAAACGGUGAGAAGAGAUGGUCAUCCCGCCCAACAGAAGAUAGUAGAGAAGUCACUAAAAAUAUUAUUUGACACCAAGGAUAUCACAAAGGUAAAAGAGUAUGUGCAAGAUCAAUUUUUCAAAAUUCACUCUGGAAAAGUUUCAAUUCAGGAUUUCUGCUUUGCAAAGGCUGUGAAAUUAGGAACAUAUAAAAGCGCAGCCAGUCUGCCACCUGGCGCCAUGGUGGCAAUGAAACAGAUGAAAAAAGAUACUAGAGCAGAACCUCAAUACAAAGAACGAGUUCCGUAUCUGAUCGUCAAAGGUAGUCCCGGACAAGUCUUGCGUGAACGUAGUAUUUCCCCUGAGGAAUUUUUUGCAAACCCAAACUUAGAAUUAGAUGCAACUUAUUAUAUUGAUAAGACAUUGGUUCCACCUUUAUCCCGGUUAUUCAAUAUUAUUGGUAUAAACGUAGCAGAUUGGGCUUUUGAUAUUCCAAGAAUGAAACGAGACUUAUCUGUAAAUACGAAUACUAAGGAAAGCAAGUUAGGUGAAUCAUCAAUGUGCAUCAACUGUGGAGAAGAAGUAGUAUCUUCAGAAAAUAAGACCUUAUGUGGCGACUGCGAAAUGUCUGCCCAGAAGACUACCGUAGGGUUGCUAUAUGAUACACUUUAUAGGCAAAAUAUGAUGAAGAAUCUAAACAUGGUAUGUAGGACCUGUACUUAUCAAUACACAAAAAAUGCAGGAGUUGAAGGUGAUUUAAUUGCCAGUAAAUGUGACUCGUAUGAUUGUCCGAUUUACUAUUCUAGAAUCAAAUCCAAAAAAUAUUUAAUGUCUGAUAUUACAAGAAAGAAACGUAGUGCAUUGGACGCUCUGGACAAUUGGUAG